GUGACACACACAAGAGAAGAAAGAAAAACCAAAAAAAUAAAAAAUAAAAAAAUAAAAAAAAUGGCAAAGGCUAUUUUGGUCCUUUCUGCACUCUGCAGCAUAUUGGCCUUUGCCAACUUUGCUCAAUGCCAAGAAGCCUUCAAAGUUGAAGGCACUGUCUAUUGUGACACUUGCCGUGUGCAAUUUCAGACCAGAAUCAGUGAAUACAUUGAAGGAGCAAAAGUGAAGUUGACAUGCAGAGACAUGGAGACAGAAAAGGUGACAUAUACAGCAGAAGCAUUGACAGACAAGAAUGGAAAAUACACAAUAGAAGCAUCAGGUGACCAUGAGAAAGAACUUUGUGAUGUAGGUGUUGUCCAAAGCCCAAGAGAGGAUUGCAAGGACCCUGCAAUUGGUUUUGAGAACUCAAGAGUUGUGUGCAGUAACAAUGUUGGUAUGCAUAAUCCAACUCGCUACGCGAAUCCACUAUUCUUCAUGAAGAAAGAGACUCUGCCUGAUUGCAAGGAUGUUCUUGAUGAGCUUGGUUUAUUCCCACUUGAGUUUUAAAUUACAAAGUUUUUUAGACCAAAGCACACAUUACUAUUAGCUUUUGCCCUUUUUGUUGAAUCAAAUUCUCCUGUAUGUGUAACUCACCAUGCAUGAACAACAAAGUUCAAUAAUUGGUAAUGAAUAAGGAAUUUUCCAUAACUA